UCAGAGAGUUGUAUGUUAUGUUAUUUUCAGAGAAACAUUAAUGUUUUCUGUAUUUAAGUAAGUGCGGAAAGUGAUAUAAAAACCGAAAAUGGAUUUCCAAAAUCGUCCAGGAGGUAAAACUGGCGGUGGAGGUGUUGCCUCUUGGUCAGAGAGUAAUCGAGACAGAAGAGAACGUUUGCGACAACUUGCAUUAGAAACUAUUGACCUCAACAAAGACCCAUAUUUUAUGAAAAAUCAUUUAGGUUCUUAUGAAUGUAAAUUGUGUUUAACUCUUCACAACAACGAAGGCAGUUAUUUGGCUCACACACAGGGUAAAAAGCAUCAAGCUAACCUAGCUAGAAGGGCUGCCAAAGAAGCGAAGGAAGCACCUCAAACACUUGCACCCGAAAAACCUCGAGUAGAACCGAAGAAAUUUGUAAAAAUUGGAAGACCGGGUUAUAGAGUAACCAAACAACGUGAUCCAGAAUCAGGACAGCAAAGUUUAUUGUUUCAAGUUGACUAUCCAGAAGUUGCAGAUAAUGUUAUUCCUCGACAUAGGUUUAUGUCAGCAUAUGAACAAAGAGUUGAGCCACCAGACCGCAAAUGGCAGUACUUGUUGUUUGCUGCCGAACCCUAUGAAACAAUAGCUUUUAAGGUUCCCAGUAGAGAAGUAGAAAAGGCAGAAGGAAAGUUUUGGACACAUUGGAAUAAAGAUACAAAGCAAUUCUUUUUACAGUUCGCAUUUAAGAAUGAAAAACCAUCAGUUGGCAAAGUACCACCACCUCCAGUUCCUUUAAUACGACCUGGUUUAGGACCACCUAUGGUACCAGUCCCACCACCACCAAGACCACCUAUGUUCAAUCCAGUACCACCACCUCCUGCACUUUUAGCCACAGGCAUGCAAAUACCUCCUCCACCUCCACAUAUAGCGUAA